AUGUCUUCUUCAUCUCAAGAGUCAAGUCAAGCUCUGCCUGAGGAUGCAGAGAGAGAUAUAUCUAUGGGGGAUGGAAUAGCUGGCCCCAGUUCUAGUAGGGACGGUCCCUUGGAUCAAACUCCGUCACCAGGGGCAGAUUAUCUUCUUCAGAGGAGGCAUAGGAAGCAAGCAAGCAGUACGUUUCGGCUGGAGUCGCCCGCAGGACCGUCGAAUUCUCCUUGGAGAAGUGUUAGUCGAUGGAGUAAAGAACCUGUCCGCCACCAGAGUGAUGACAGCGAGCUGUUUGUUCCCAAACGCAACUCACAGCAACGUCGCCAGCUUCAUACGCCUAAGCCAUCUAUUGGAAGUUCGCCACUCUCAAAUGUUGUGUCAAAUGAAGAGAAUGAUCAGAAGGAUGCGCCGUAUACCCCGGGAAGCUCAUCACACGCGCAUCCUCGCACUUCGUCUUCAGUUGGGCUAGAUACAGAUCCCGCUCAGAUUGUUAAUCUUGCCCUGAGCCUGAGUGAUUCACGGAAGAGGAGCUCUUCAAUCCGUACUUCUUCCGGUGGAGCCCAGCGUCCUAGGCUGUCGUCCUCUGUGGUCCAUUCUAGACCCCAAGGUAUUAAUUCAACCAGACAAGCGGAAAUUGAAACUCCAUCGCGUGGGCCACCGACACCUCAGGAGACCGUUGAUCUGAGGUAUGGGGCUACACAUUAUGGCGAGGUUCAAUUUUCCGAGGCAACUCUUGCCAGGGCCGAAAAGGCUAAACAACACUUCGAAUUGUUUGAGCAUUACUUGCGCCUCCUACCACAUCUUCCGCCCUUACCUUCUUCUGGCGACGGAAAUAGGAGAUUUCAAAAUACCCGUGAAGAUGAAAUGGAUGCCUCGGAAGGCAGGAAAUACAACCCCUUGCAGUAUCUACGCAAUAGGAAAGUUAGGUUCAGGGAAAGACAAGUAAUCAAUUCAGAAGCGGCAGGAUGGGGAGACGUUCAGAAAGUCACAGAAUGGGUCAAUUCUAUUACAGAAAUGCCAAGCUUACGUCUUCGACAGCCUAACGACUAUAUUAAUCUGCCUCCUUUCAACCCGAAUGCGGCUAGGGCUGAUACAGAAGAUAAGCCUGACAAAAAUUUGACGCCUACACGGUCAGGGGACAUUGUAAGGCGCCGUCCACGAAUGGAUUGGAAUACAACACCAUUAGAUCUCUUGGCGGAUGUCGUAUGGUAUGAGCAGGAUGAUAAUAAAACCAAAGUUGAGGAUCGCAAUGGGAAAAGGCUGUUUCCUCAUGGCAUCAAAGUUAGAUCAGAACCCGAUACCUCAGCAAAACAACUGGGUUCCCUUGACUCAACUAAGGAAACAAAUGAAAACGCCGAAUUUGAGCAAAGUAUAGAGGAUAUUAAACCUCUACCAACGUUCACUUCGGCUGGUGGCCGAGGCCAGCAAAAUGUUGAAAGGGGACGCCUACGAGACCGGUUCGCGCAGUCAAUUAACUUGACACCAAGCCAUAGCAAGCUCAGGAAACAAAGCAGAUCUCCAGUUAAAAAGCGGCCUCGAAGCUCCUCUGAUUUGUCGCGUCAUUCAUACGGUAGCAACCAGGGUGGAAAUUUGGCGGAGCGAUACUCUAUAUCAGAUGCAAAAAACAGAGAACCCAACGACAACGACAAACAAACGAGCUCAAGUAACGGUGCCUCAAAUAAUCCAAGGCCGGUUACGCCAAAUCAAAUGGCUUUUGGCUCUGAAAAUACACCUGGAACUCAUACAAGGCAGCCAUAUACACCCAAAAACAUGCCUAUACCACCCCUAGAUACUGAAUUAAACCCUUACAUGUCACCACGUCCUGGAUAUGCUGCAUCCACUUCCUCCAUGGCUAGUGAUAGUGGGAUACCUGGCUCGAGAGGAACGCCAAUUCAUGACGACAAUAGUCCUUUCCAUACGUCUGCACAAAGAGGGCUUUUCCCAAACAUGGGAAUAAACCUAUCUCCGCUACGUGGCCGCUCUACGUCUCCAGGCCGCCGACAUCCAUUUUACCUAGGUCACUCGAGGAAAUCUAGUAGGCAAAAACAAGGGCAAUCCUUAGAUCCCUUAGACUCUUCCGCUGACCUUGGUGCUCCCCUCUCUCACCGCCAUACGACUUCCAACCUUUCCCCUCCAGGUUCUCCUUUCACCCCCGAAGACCAAAAGACUUCGAGUUUCCGAAGAUCGGAUAGUUCACCCGCCAAAAAUACUAGGAAUGGCGGCCAACAGGAAUGGAAGAGAAUUCUCAAGGGAGGUCGGAUUGCCGAGCUAGUAGGGAGUGAAGUGUCGAGGGUUGGUGACUUAAUACGGAAGAGAGAGCACCAAAGUCAUUCAAGACAAUCAUCUACCUCUAGUUUAUCCGAAUAUAUUGAUGCAGAAACGGUCCCAGGCGAUCCAAAGCUGUCUAUGGAAGAUGGUUUAUUCGGCGAUGCAGCACAAAGAGUGAACACGUAUGAUUUUGCAGCACAGCGAGUACCGCCUCCGGCUGUCACGUCAACUUCACGGAGAGGAGCCUUGAAUAAUAGAAAUGAUCCAAUCGAGGAUGAACCGCUUUCUCGUAACCCCGACGCCAAAAAGGACAAGCCUCUGCAUGGCCCCUUGGCCACCUGGGACUCAUCCACGCAAACCAGGCUUGACAAUAUUACGCGCAAGUGGGCCCUCUCUACUCGAAAUAUUCCUCACUCAGGUCGUAUCGGCAAACGAGACAUUUCCCGCGUUCGUACUCAUCUUUUGUCAUCAGGUAUCAAAGCCGUCGAAAUAUGUCGUUAUGCCGAGAAACCCCCUGAGUCCUGUGUUGAUUCUUGGCUGAAUGCACCAGUUACAUAUAACAGUAUUGCGCCGUAUAUUGCAAGUUCAGAGGCAUCCGCUCUCGCCAGUAGGAAAUCAAUUUCUGCGUUCAAUGAGCGUACAUCCGCGUACAAUCUUCUAAUCAGAGAAUUUGUGGACUCGAAGGCCCCACCACUGAAAAGUGAAAUCCGGCGCCUCGAACGGCUGGUUUCUUCCACGCUUACGCCUCGCAUUCGAGAGCUAACAACCCAAGCUGAAACACUGACCAGUGACCUAGGAACAGCAAGUACCUUGCCCGUCAAAAAGCUUGAGAAUAUAUUAAAUAAAGGCUUGAGAAAGCGCAAUCGACGAAUCCGCUCCAUCAUCAAGCUGCUUUCUGCAGUUUUUGAGUGGUUGCUUAUGGGCCUUUUCUGGGUUUUAUGGAUAAGUGUCAUGAUCUGGAAAAUUAUCCGCCUUAUUGGGCUCAGUACAUUUAGAUGUAUCCGCUGGGUUCUCUGGCUUUAA